CCUUCACAUUGUGUCCUCUAGCUGUUUUGCGUGGUGUUGUGAAAGCCAAGUUUUAACAAGAUGGAAACCAAGGUGACAUCUGAGCCCAGAUCCAAUGGUGUGACGAAUGGUGGUGCAAGAAUUGUUGUGGAAGACGAUGAGGAAGUGCUCAGCCCCACCGACCUGUCUGAGAUGUUAGCCGAGGGGACCAAGGAGUCCCACGACAGAGCGGAGAACUGCCAGUUCGUUAAAGAUUUCCUCCGUGGCCGCAUCAAGCGGGAGCUGUUUAAGAGAGGUACAGCAGCUCUGUACUUUGUCUACUCAGCCAUGGAGGAGGAGAUUGAGAAGAACAAAGACCAUCCUGACAUCGCCCCAAUCUAUUUCCCCGCAGAGCUGCACCGGCGUGAGGCCUUGGCACGGGACCUUGAGUACUUCUAUGGAGAGGAAUGGGAGAGCCAGAUCAGCCUCUCUGCAGGCACUAAGCCUUACGUGGACCGCAUCCACGAGGUGGGACAGAAGGACCCGGUGCUGCUGGUGGCCCACUCCUACACCCGCUACAUGGGUGACCUCUCAGGUGGACAGAUCCUCAAGAAAGUGGCCCAGAGGGCUCUGAAGCUCCCCUCGACAGGUGAGGGUCUCAACUUCUACCAGUUUGAGAGCAUCCACAGUCACAAGGGCUUCAAGCAGCUUUACCGAAGCAGGAUGAGUGAGCUGGAACUGGACGCUGAGACCAAAGAGAAGAUUGUAGAUGAGUCCAACCGGGCCUUUGGCUUUAACAUGAUGGUAUUUACAGAGCUCGAAGAGAUUGGGAAGACCAUCAAAGAAGAAUUCCAAGAUACAGGACUUGGACACAGUCAUGCAGAGAUCAUGGAAGGAGGUGAUAUCAACAAGUGCCCCUACUAUGCAGCAAAAAUGGCUGCAAGUGGAAAUCCCGUCUACGCCUGCCAGUUAGCCAUGACACUUCUCAGACAUCCACCCUGUCAGGUGGCUUUGGCCGCCUGGGUGGCCAUCCUUGCUGGUUUCACAGCCUGGUACCUUCUGUGAGCUCUGACAUACCCCUCACUUCUAAUCAUGUGCAAUCUGACAGUAGCAAACAAUAUAGCAGGAAGUGAACAUUUGAAAUAAUGUUACAGCUCAGGUACAGUAUUUAUUUUAUGUUUCCUAAUUUAUUACACUCUGUGGAACAUACGACUGUAUGCCUCUGACAGUGCGUUGAUGCAAUUCUAGAGCAACAAUGAAGAGUCAACAGAAACUUCAAGAUGCAUUUGCUUGGUAUGCUUUUUUAGAGGUAAUAUGUGUACAGGGUUUAUGUCAUCACAUAGAAACAUUAAAUGCACACUCCCCAAAUGGUUUUAAAGUGCGGGUGAAGCAAAAAAUAAAUAACAAGUUUUAAGUUUGUCACAACACAGAAAAAUGUGCCCACUACCCAGCCAAAUCUGAAUGAUCAAAAAAAUCACCAAGUAUAUAAAAUUAGGUUGCAAAGUUGUGAAAAAAUAUGCAGUUUACUCUGCUCUGACACUCUUGGGCAUGUCAGCUGAAGGACCUGAAAUGACGAACCAGCCGCUGUGCAUGGAGCAGAUUGUUGUCAGCAACUAACCCAGUAGUACUGUCCUGUACAACUCCCUGCCAAAGAACGAGCAACCACGCAGUGACAGCCUUUUAUGUAGCAGCUAAUGUUAGCACAAAGCACACACCCAUGGGCUGGAUAGCUGAUACAGUCUGAAAGAAGAGGGGUACACGAUAGUGAUGUUAUUUUGCUAGUGUUUAUGUGAUUGUGGCAUUUAACAGAGUUGUUUGUUUAUGUAUUAAUAAGAUUGAACACGCUAAGCUUGCAAAAUGUAGCAAACUUGUCAGUCACACACACCCGAUGUUAUGCGCUCUAAUGGUAAUUUUUAUUUAGUGGGUAGGGGUUUAUGUUAAGGAUGGCUGCUGUGCAUCAUUGAGCCAUGAUUUCAGUCCCACCUGAAAAAUCCCGAACACAAAAAUGGUGAAAAACAGUCUAACUCCACAAUACGGUACGUCAUGGUUCCCAGUCUUUUCACACGUUUUCAACGAAUAUCUUUUUACAUGUCUAAUGUGUUUAGAAAGAAACCUUCUGGACCUGAAUGUAUUAAAUAGUGAAAGUGGGUCACAUGUCAUGUUGAAUAUUUAUUGUUGUUAAAGAUACACUGAUGUACAAAUGUUGUCUACAUUCUGCCAUGCUUGUAAUCUUGGUGGUUCAGGUGUUUCUGAUUCGGAAUAAAAAUACGGCCAGUAAAUAAUUAUAAAUCACAUCAAGUCAUCUCUAAAAAACAUUUGCAUUCUGUGUCCUUCCACUUCUGCUCCUGUGCAUUCAGGGAACGUUAAAAGGUGAACAUAAAAGUCAGCACACUCUAAAGACAAAGCUGGAAUCAAGUUACAUUAUGGUUGCAGGGUAGCUGCAAAAUGAUUUGUGUUACCUAAUAACAUCAGUGUAAAACUGUCAAAAACUAAAUUCCAUUCUGAAAUGAAUUGUAACCAGCGGCCACUGGAGCAUUAGAGAAAUACAUUACAUCUCUGCAGCUGUACAGUGUACAUAUGAAAAUGUACAGCAGAAACACAAAGUGUAGAAAUUGUAUUUUAUGAGCAUAAGUUGGUUCCUUGAGGUGUCCGGCUGCUUGUGUAUCUGCACACUGGUUGUGGUCACCUGUCUGUCCUUGAGCAGAAGCAGUAGCAGUAUGUGAUAAUGAUGGUAAGCCAGUAACCACAUCAGUAUAAUUGAUAGCCCUAUGGUAACCCAAAUACCAAAAAGCAGUAAUCAGCAUCACUGCACAACUGCAGAGUUGUAUUUGACAAACUGUCAUGUUCAUCAAAUCACUGAUGUUACCUAUAGCAGGAACCAAGACAAGCAUCACUCCGCAUCCACAAACAUUUGCAUGAACAUAAAGGUUUUGCUUACUUUAUGGAGCCUGGUGUUAAUAACUCUAAAACUGUUGUUUGCCUUUAACUUUCAAUCCACGGACAGGUCGCCAGACUAUCACAGGGCUGACACAUAGAGACAGACAACCAUUCACACUCACAUUCACACCUACGGGCAAUUUAGAGUCACCGGUCAACCUGCAUGUCUUUGGACUGUGGGAGGAAGCUGGAGUACCUGGAGAAAACCCAGGCUGACACGGGGAGAGCAUGCAAACACUGCACAGAAGGGCUCUGCCACCCUGGGUUUGAACCAGGAACCCUCUUGCUGUGAGGCGACAGUGCUAACCACUGUAGCACCAUACCACCCAAAUUAGUGAUAAAGCCAAGAAGAGGAGAAAUAACAAUCACAUGACAUUUGACUGGUCUGUAAUCCAUGGUGACAAACACACUGAGAUUAAGAUAUAAAGCAAGUUUUGAACUUUUGAUUUGUCAUGUAUUUAAGUAUCUAAAAAUCACUAUGUAAAUAAAAGUUCUUGGUAGCCCAUUUUGCAGUAAUAAAUCUGACACGCAGCCCAUACGCUGCUGGCAGAAAUGGAGGUUUAAGAUGAAUAUGUGACAUGAUUAAAAGUGGCUUGUUUGGAUGUCAUACGAUUAUCCAGCAGCGCAUCAGUGAAUUUAGAUGACAGUGCGACAGAUCGGCACUGAACUGGAGUGAGAGCUGUAAAAAGUGAGGUGACGUUACAGAUAAACUGCAGGAGCCUGUCUGAGGACAUAAAAGAUAAGAUCAGUGCAUAUGACUAGCAGGGGGAAGCUGAUGUGUCAAAUAUAACGAUGAGAAAGAACCAGAAACAGCCAUCAAGGUGAGAAAGACAGACUGGCUGACACAGCGAACGCUCUGGACAUGUUACACAUAUUAAUGGUGUUGGUGUUGCUCUGGAGCUCUGGUAGGGCUGUGUUCUUUUUUUUUAAGAUAUUUUUUGGGCAUUUUUAGCCUUUAUUUGAUAGGACAGACAAGUGUGAAAGGGGGAGAGAGAGAGAGACAUGCAGCAGAGGGCCACAGGCUGGAUUCAAACCCGGGCCGCUGCGGCAACAGCCUUGUACAUGGGGCGCCUGCUCUACCACUAAGCCACCGACGUCCCAGGGCUGUGUUCUUUAAUGUUGGAUGUGUGUAAUAGCUGGGAGAAGAAGUAGUUCAGUUGGAAUUUUGGGAGAUGAGAAGAUUUUAUAAGGGUGAGGGUUUGAGGGUUAAGACUUUGAGGUUUAUAGUACAGUCAAUUAUACUCAAAAAUGGGCCCAACCUAGGAGAAAUUGCAGUAGUAGUGUUUCAUAGUUUUUAUUUGUCCCGAUACCUAGUUAGUGCGUCAUAUACUGAAAGUGUACCUUCACAGAUUUAGUGGAACAUUAUUUUUUUCAAGGUACAAGUUCCAACAUUUCACAGUUUCAUGGUCUGGGUGAAACUAUGUUAAUAUUGGAGGAUCUAUGUACACUUAUUCAACAUAUUUGGUGUCUUUUCUUAAGUUUUUGGGGUCAAUCUUUUCAAAAACACUUUUAGGAGGGUAUUCUGAUGUAUUGUAUCUGUGUUUGGGGUAAUACUACCCAACAUCCAAUUUUUUAUUUUUUUUUAUUUUUUUUGCCAAAUUUUCCACUUAAGUUUGUGCCACACUGCUCCUGUGGGCGCAUCUAAACUUGGUAUAAAUUAUUCUGCAUAUAUUAAGUAUCUAUAGCGUUAUCGUUCGUGGUAAGUUUGAGAGUUAUGUAGGGGACUCUAGUGCAGAGAGGUGAAAGGUUGGGUUGACGUGGAGAUACAGUGUGUGUGUGAGCUGACUAGUUCUAUUAGCAACUAUUCUAUUGAACUAUUAUAUCAGCAUCUUU